AUGACGGAAAAUAACGAGAAGGAGAAUGAGCCACAGAACCGGGACUUACGGCGUUCACCCGGCACAGUUCCUGUCCAACACGAAUCAAAGCUACAGAAACUGAAGCGCUCUCUCUCCUUUAAGUCGGUUAUGCGGAGCAAAAGCGUUGAUAACUUCUUCCAGCGGACAAAUAAUGAACCCCGACCUCCUCCAGAUCUUAUUACUGAGCGACCUCCCCCUGUGCUGGAGCCCCCAUCUCCUCCACCUUUUCAGGAGUGCCCUGUGACCUUUGACAGAUCACCUUCAUUGUCACCAUCACUGAGCCCUAACCCAUCAUUGUCCUCCUAUUCGCCGUCACUAAGCCCCUCCCUCUCACUCAACUCCAAAGCCAUGCCCCAAUCACAGACACGCCCACAGAAGACACAUUUCUUCCAGGAAUACGUGUUCCGCAGACCGACUGUCUGCCAACAGUGCAAACAAAUGAUUACAGGUAACUCUAAACAGGGAUUACGAUGUAAAACUUGUAAGCUGGGGGCUCACCUGUGGUGUUCUUCAGAGCUGUCUCAGCAGGCCUGUUAUGGCAAGUCGGGUGCUUUCAAACGGAACUUCAGCUCUCCUUUGCUCACUAAUGACCUUUUGGGGGUCGUUAAGGAGGCACCGCCCUCACAAGAGCAGGGGAAAGGGACCGUCGACCCUGUGUACGAGGCUCUGCGUUAUGGGACUUCUCUUGCCCAGAUGAGUCGCUCAAGCUUUGGCAGCAUCUCUGAGUCGCCCUGUCACCAUAGUGGUAAUUUGGUUGAGGAGCGCUUGCCUAUUGCCGAAGAAGAUUCUGUUCCUAAUUCAGAUGGAGAGAAAGGUGUCUCUACUGCUGACAGUGAGAAGGCCGAUUGUGAAGACAGGGUCAGUCUUAAGGCCCCUAAACGCAUAGAGGUUCACUCCAUUCACACAUAUGUGGCUCUGUACAAGUUCCUCCCUCAGGAGAAAAAUGACCUGGAGCUACAGCCUGGAGAUCGUGUACAAGUAACAGAUGAUUCAAAUGAGGACUGGUGGAAGGGUAAGAGUCGAGAUAAAGUCGGCUUCUUUCCAGCUAACUUUGUGCAGAGGGUUCGUCCAGGCGAAAGAGUAUGGAGGGUCCUGCAAGGUUACCAAGGCAACCGUGAGAAAGGUCAGAUGACCGUGAAGGAGUCCCAGAUCUGUGUUGGUAAGAGCGAGGAGAUUGAUGGCUUCCUGAAAUUGAGCAGCGGUAAGAAGCGAGGCCUGGUUCCAUCGAAAUACUUGGAGGAGAUAUAA